UCUGUUCGCCUUUAGCGCAUGUCCACUCUGUGGUUGCGCAUGUGCAUUACGACGCUUUGUUAUACCAGCUAAGAUGGCGUUAAGCAAAACAUUUGGACAAAAACCAGUGAAAUUUCAACUAGAGGAAGAUGGAGAUUUUUAUAUGAUUGGCUCAGAGGUUGGCAACUACCUGCGCAUGUUCCGAGGCUCCUUGUAUAAGAGGUACCCAUCACUUUGCAGGCGAUUAGCUUCUGUAGAAGAGCGGAAGAAAAUUGUAGCAUCAUCUCACGAUCAUGGUUACACAACUUUAGCCACCAGUGUGACACUUCUGAAGGCGUCAGAAGUGGAGGAGAUCUUUGAAGGGAAUGAUGAGAAGUACAAAGCCGUGUCCAUCAGUACAGAGCCCCCGGCCUACCUCAGGGAGCAGAAGGCAAAAAGAAACAGCCAAUGGGUCCCCACCCUGCCCAACAGCUCCCAUCAUCUGGAUGCUGUGCCCUGCUCCACUACCAUCAACCGCAACCGAAUGGGACGUGACAAGAAGAGGACUUUCCCCCUCUGCUUUGAUGACCAUGAUCCCGCUGUGAUCCAUGAGAAUGCCACCCAGCCCGAGGUCCUGGUUCCUAUCCGCCUGGACAUGGAGAUCGAUGGACAAAAGCUCAGGGACGCCUUCACCUGGAAUAUGAACGAGAAGCUCAUGACGCCCGAGAUGUUUGCGGAGAUCCUGUGCGAUGAUCUGGACCUGAAUCCUCUGACCUUUGUCCCUGCCAUUGCCUCUGCCAUUCGGCAGCAGAUUGAGUCCUACCCAACCGACAGCAUUCUUGACGAGCAAACAGACCAAAGGGUCAUUAUCAAGCUGAACAUCCAUGUGGGGAACAUCUCCCUGGUAGACCAGUUUGAGUGGGACAUGUCAGAGAAGGAGAACUCACCAGAGAAGUUUGCCCUGAAGCUGUGCUCCGAGCUGGGCCUAGGGGGCGAGUUUGUCACUACAAUCGCUUACAGCAUCCGUGGGCAGCUCAGCUGGCACCAGAGGACGUACGCCUUCAGUGAGAACCCCCUUCCCACUGUGGAGAUCGCCAUUCGAAACACAGGCGACGCUGACCAGUGGUGUCCCCUACUGGAGACGCUGACAGACGCAGAGAUGGAGAAAAAGAUUCGGGACCAGGACAGGAACACCAGGCGCAUGCGACGACUUGCAAACACAGCUCCCGCCUGGUAAAAAAACAAAAAAAACAAGAGAAAUUCAGAAAGUGCAGGUUUUGGGCAGUUCUUGGACAUUCAUAAAACUAGUCUGUUGGGAUCUGCUGCAAUGUUGCAAACUGACUUGGCUGAAAAACAAAAAGACACAAGGCAUUCCACUGGGCAUCUGGGGCUGGCCUUCCUGUGCAGUCCCUCCCAGCAGGGCUCAAAAACAGGCCUGCUACCUCAAUCACCUCUGUCCUCAGUACUGCUAAUCACCCCCACAGACCUUCUAUGCACUUAUGAGAUGACCAGCUAACUCUUAAUGCUCAUAGCUGAAACAUGCAAGAUUAAAGUCAUAGCAUUCAUACGUGUCAACGCAGAAGGCAGUGGAAUUUCCCUAGAAUGAGCAUGUACAGAGAUCAGAAGGCACAGGGGAACUAAACAUCUGGAUUGUGUAUAGAACAUCUGUGGCUCCCCCCCCUUGCCCUGCAUUCAGAUUGGUGCCCUAGUUUUGACUCAACCAUGCAAAGAGUCCUGUGUAGAAGACUUACUGUUCUAUUGUGCUGUCAGGUUUUUUUUGUAUAGGUGCCCUGUGCAUAUUUAGUAAAAGUAAUUGCUUUGUUCUUUUUUAAAAUGUAUAAUAAAGUCCACAAUUAA